AUGACGAAGGGUGCAUCCGACGCAGCAAUCGCGAUGAUAUUCUUCCAUGCCAUGGGCUGGGCUAUCGGUCUCUACAGCCUGCCAUAUCUAUUUGGUGCUGAAUUAUGGCCGAACCACAUCCGCUCGUUUGGCGGCACUAUCUCGCAAUGCUUCCAUUGGUUUUUCUAUUUUGCUAUCACAAAGGCCACGCCAUCCUUACUAUCUGGUCUCCAUCAAUGGGGAGCCUUUAUUCUCUUUGACGGAUUCUGUUUGCUGGCUUUUGUUUAUAUGUACUUCUUUGUACCCGAAACUACCGGACUUGGGCUCGAGAAGAUCAAUGCGCUGUUCGAGCGGCCUUUGUAUAUGCUAGGACGGCCGUUGGAUACUCGGAGAGAAAGCCCGCUGAGUGACGAGAAGCCCGAAUCUAUGUGGGUUGAGAAGGUGUAA